AGAGGAACAAAUGACGUGGAGGUCCCCUUCACUUCCUGAAAAAUUGUGCUCAGCAGAAAGAGUUAUGUGAAAAAAGACAAGACAGCCUCAAUCUCCAUUUAAAAGAGUUGGGGGCGGGGAGCUGAGGAAUGGAUGAUUUCUGAAUAGCUGCAUGAAGCGUGUUCCACUCUGGAUGAGAUGGCGUGGUAGGCAGUGGGGUUGUUGACCCGGGCUAUGGACGUGCUUUGUCUCCGCGGUCUCCAAGUAUCCCCCGCGAGAGACUUUGAUCGCAAAGUGGAGAUCAGAGCGGAGAAACAUGAGCAGCUACGAAGACGUACGAACGUGACGUCAUGCCGGAUCCCCGCUAGAGACGGCGACGCGGCGCUGCUGAAACACACGCUGAAGAACAAGAGGCAAGUGGAGUUCAUGAGGAGGAGGUCGCUGCCUCCACUGCCUGUCACCCGAGAAAACUCUUGGUUCUCGAGCAUCUCCGCCCGCUAUUCUUCUUCUUUUUCUUCUCCGUGGAGCACGUCAGAGUGGAUUAGCCGACAGAGGAGCCUCUGUGACGGCGGCGGCGAGGACGCGGGCCACCUUCUGAUCCCUGUUUUUCCGCAGAGGGACCCGAGUCCUCAAUCAAUCAAGAUUUCAACACGGGUUGCCAGCUCAUCCACAAAGGUGAUGAUGAAGAUGAUGGUACAGGACGAAGCCUGCGUGGAAGUGAUCAAGGGGGAAAAGAGCGCACAUGAAAUAGACAGUGUCAAAGAUGCUACACACACUCCCCAACAAAAGAUGAGAGAAGCCAGUGUCCAGACAGAUUCAGGCCUUGUGACCAUCAAAGAAUCAGAUAUUCUGCAGUUACAGGACUACAUGCAGGAGGGCCUGUGGAGGGAAAAGGCCAUCAAGAAGAAAGUCGCAGCAUUGCAGGACUGUUGCAUACAGCUGCAGAACGCCUUAAACGCGUUAUGGAUGGCUCGCUGCAGUGAAGACGUGCUGAGAAACAAGAUUAAGCUUCUGGAGACACAGCUGCAAACAUGCCUGCAGAGGUUUCCGAAGGAAGCGUCGAUGAAACUGGCGCUCCAAAUGAAGAAGCAGAAAUUCACCUUUGAAGAAAAGAUUCAGAAAGUCAUGCAGGAGCAAAAUGAGGACCUCAGCAAAACUGUCACACUUAUGUCUUUUAAGAAUCCAGACAUUCAGUCCCAGGAAGCGCUGAUUACCGCAAAAACAGACGUCUCGAGGCUGCAGAGCCUUUACGAGGAGCUUAAUCUCACAAGUCAAAAACUCCGGCAGGAGCUGGAAGUCAGUGGGAAACGAGCACGAGAGCAGGAAGCACAGAUUGAGCUGUCCAGGGGCAGAGAAGCCACGCUGACCGAGGAGCUGGUGUCACUGAGAAAAGAGAAGAAUGAGCUGCUGUUCCACAAAAGCCUGCAGGAGGAAUAUUAUCCAUUUGUGAAGGACCAAAAGCAGAAUUUAAGCGAUGGCAGCAUCGAGAGACGAGACGUGAGUGUUCAGAGUACACUUGAGGGAGAAGAAGCUUCACCCACUGUGGACUGUGACGUGGUGGAGCGGCUUCAUAACACUCAGGAGGAGCUCCGUAUCAAGGAGAAGGAGUGUGAGGCCCUGCAGACUGAGCUGCACACCAUGGAGCAAGAGUUUCAGUCCAGUCAGACUCGACUGUCGCAGUGUAGAGAAGAACUUCGGCAACUCGGACGCCACCGCAACAAAGCAACGAGGCAGGACACCCGUUGGAGAUCAUGCAUGUUCCUUGUUCUUCUUCUGCUGAUGCUGCUGGUGUGGGCUGUGAUGGGAGUUGCCAUAUUGCAGCCGUGGCAUCCGCAUUUUGGGGAGAAACUAGAACACUUCUACUGGGACAUAAAGAGACGAAUCGAGAAUUAUUUCAUGCAAAUGGCCUCCCCAAAAGACUCGGGCUGUUUAAGGCCAGUGUGACAGUGUAACAUUUGGAGGAUCGCUUGUCCUUCGGUUUUCAAAUGUGAAAUGUUUGAAUGUUUUCGUGUUACUUGUUGAUAUUUUCGAGACAUUUUAUGUGUGUGAUGUUAAAAAUUAUAUUUUUACAAUGAAAAUGUAGUUCUGAUUACUUUUUUCCAAUAUAUUUUUGAAGUCUCGAUUACAGUGGGCCCCUGCUAGCCCGCACAUAGCAAAAAUCUAUACGUAAUCGAUAGCUAUUAUUCAUUCAUUAAAAAAAACAAGUCUAUAUUU